UUCACAGGAGUGGAAGAGAUGGCAGUGGCUGAAACACAACUAUAUUCGAAGGUCUUGAACAAAGUCAAAAAGAGAAGCAGCUGUGCUGUACUAGAAUCCCUCUUAUCUAUGGGAUUCCCUGCACAUACAGCGAAUAAAGCUUUGGCUGCUACAGGACACAAGACAGUAGAAGAGGCUUCCAAGUGGUUGCACUCUCAUUGUAAUGAUCCUUCUUUGGAUGAUCCAAUCCCUCAGGAGUAUGCUCUCUAUUUGUGCCCAUCUGGCCCCUUGCAUGACAGGCUACAGGAAUUUUGGAAAGAGAGCAAGAACCAAUGUGCAAGAAACAGAGCCCAUGAGAUUUUUCCACACAUAACGCUUUGUGAUUUCUUUACGUGUGAAGACCAGAAAGUGGAAUUCCUGCAUGAAGCCCUAAAGAAAGUUGGUGACAGGUUUUUAAAUUGGUUCCCACCAGUCAUUUCUCUAUCACUACAUUCAUCUGUCAGCUACCUUGGUUUCUUCAUUAAUGAUGCCCAUGCAAAUGUCAUCAAAGAGUUUGCUGUGGCUUUUGCUACUGAGGCUUCGAUCUUGGCAGAUUGCCAUAUAAAACCCUGCACAAAGCAGCUGCAUCUUACUCUGGCUCAUAAAUUUUAUCCUCACCAUCAAAAGACUUUGGAACAAUUGGCCAAAUCUAUCAACCCUGGACAGAACUGCCUGUGGACAGCUGCUCUGUAUUCUAGAGAUAUGCGCUUUGUAAAUUACCAGAUCUUGCGAGCACUUUUCCAAUACAAGCCUCAGAACAUUGAUGAACUAAUGCUGAAUGCUGGGGAUUUGAUAUAUGUUGACCGAUCACAACAAUUCGAUGUUAGUGAUGGCUGGGUGAUUGGUACUUCACACCGGACUGGCUGCAGAGGAUUUCUUCCUGAAAACUACACUGAAAAAGCCAAUGAGUCAGAUACUUGGGUUAAACAUAGAGAAUUCACUUUCACUCCAGCUUCAGGACAACUCUCCAAGAAUGAAAAUGAACCUAGUCUUAAACUGAAUGGUGAAGUCCAUAACCCAAUGAUGACAAAGAGUGUAACCAAAACACUUGCUUUCCAG